AUGUUAGUUACAACCGGACUUCCGAUAGAGAGCGACCAAGAAUACCUUAUCAUGAGAGUGGUGAUAUUGUUAGGAGUGCUAUGUGUGGCGGUGGCGUGCACCGCGUACGAGGCGGAUGACCUCGCCGUGGCCGCCAGCAAACACGAACAUGGGGGUGGGCAUCAUCACCACGAGCAUCACCACCAUGAGCAUGGCGGUAAAGGACACAAGGGCCACAAGGGACACCACCACCACCACAAGGGCGAUGAGGGCCACCAUGGCAAACACCACCACGAGGAUCACCAUCAUGAACAUGGUGGUGGACACAAGAAACAUUGGGAUGAACAUGACCACCAUGGUGAACAUCAUGAGCACGGUCACCACCAUAAGGGUGAAAAACAUGGUCACCAUGAACAUCACGAUAAAGGGGAAAAGGUCGACGGCUACCACAAGAAACACCAUAAGGACCACUUCCACAAGGACCAUCACUUCCAUGACGGUCAUCACCAUGAAGGCAAACACCACAAGCAUGGACACCAUCACGGACACCAUGAGAAGAAAGGAGGACACCACAAGAAAGGUGGUCAUCAUCAUUCCGGACAUCAUGAAGACCACUAUGGCAAACACGGACACCACGACAAGCAUCACUACGAUGAAGAUCAUCAUGGCCACAAGGGUCACCACGGACAUGACGAACAUCAUCACCAUCACCACGAUCAUGGCAAGAAAGGCGAACAUGAAGACCACAAACAUUGGGGAUUCCAUCAUGGAAAACAUUAA